AUGAAAGAGAUGAGAGACCGCGACGCCAACCCCAACGGCAACAGCAACAACCCCAACAAUGUUAACAACUCCAACAACUCACAGGAUAUCACCUCCAUCACCGAGCUGCAGUCUAUGCUCGCCCGCUUCUGGGAAGCACACUCCAGACAGUUCAAAGAGAUCGAAGGCUCCCUAACAAGCCAACUAUCAACCCUCAUCCAAAAGAACGGCUUCCUCUGCCAAAAGAUCGAAACCCUCCAACGCAACAACACCGACCUCGAAUACAAGUUCUCCAUCACAAACUCGGAACUCGAACGCGCCCGGCGGGAAUUCAAUGAACUCCAUGCGAAAUACGAGCUCCGGAGCGCAAACUACAAGGAUUUGAAGGAUGUCUGUUAUCAGCUGGAUGCUCAGUUGAACAAAAAGAAUGGCGUCGCGCCUGAGGAGUCGUUCUUGGCGAGGAUUGAGCUGAAUUCGGACCGGAAGAAGCGCAGGAUGUCGGUCGAUAUUGCGGAUGAUGAUUCGGAUUCGGGCGGAGGGGGUGGGAAUGGAUAUGUGCCGUAUGAGGAGGUGGCGCCGGCAGAGGGGUCGAUGGUUGCACCUAAUUCUCGGGCCAUGAUGCCUCUUCCUGUGGCAGCAACAGCAGCGGCGGCGACAGCAGCGGCACAGCGUGCGUUGUCUCCACCGACGAAUGGGCCUACACAGAGCACUUGGACGUGUCUUUGGAAGAAUUGUAACCAGGUCUUUACCGCGCUGGAUUGGCUUGUGGGCCACGUGGAAGAAUUUCAUAUCGGUCUCGGCAAAUCACAAUAUACCUGCGAGUGGGAAAACUGCGUCGUCAAGCAAAAACCCUUCCACAAGCACCACCAGGUGAUCCGCCACAUGAGGACUCACACCGGCGAAAAACCCUUCGUCUGCAACAUGGACGGCUGUGGCAAGAAGUUUGCUCGCUCCGAUUCCCUCCUCGAACACUCGCGCAAGCAUAACGGUACACCGGUUGAUUACUACAAGAUGUUGGAAAUCAGCUCGCAGCGGGAGCAUGAUGCCAAGCAUUUGGAUGGACUUAUGCUGCAACUUGAUACUAUCCAGGAGCAGCCUUCUAUGUAUGGGGAUGAUGAAAGACAGAGUCAUCACCUGUAUCGGUCACAGCAGCAGGGAAGGCCUCGGUCUGCUCAGGAUGUUGGUGCGGAGGAUUCUUUGACAAACGAUCAGGUUGGUGGAAGCCGGUCGCUGUCGCCGAACGAGGAGCGGGCUGCUUUGGAGCAGAGACGGGAUGAGAACUUGUCUCGCACAUCCGUUCGUGAGGCUACCAGCUCUGAGCCCAUGGAGACCGACGGUGCCGAUAGACCCAAGACUGAAGCAGAGACCGCAACAUCCGCUUCUGAACACCCUGCCGCUGCCGCCACUGGUCCUGACUCUCGUAGCCCUACAAACGUCCACGGUCGCGACCAUCCUUCUACCUCGUCUUCCUCCUCGUCCCAAGGACGCGUCACUGCCAACUACAUGAGCCAAGUCCUCCCCCACCGGCCCAUGCAGAACAACCCUCAUCAACCCUUCCACUUCCCUGGCAUGCCAAACGACAUGAAACCCCUUCACAAGACUCGUGGCCAUGCCCACACCGCCUCGCUCGGUCUCUCUCGGAUGGAAAUCCGUGACGUCCCUCGUCCCAAGGAAUUCGGGCACUCGCACUCCCGGUCCAUGGAUUAUGGCCAUGGUGGCAGCAUGGAUAUGAGGCACCUCCAGCAGCAACAACAGCAGCAACAGGGUUACCGCCCACUUGAGCAUGGUCAUUCUCAGACGCCGUCGCUUGAUUUCUCAAGAAUUGACUUGCACUCCAACCACCACGGCCAGCAACACCACAACCAGCACCUGCAUCAACUCCAGAGUCACCGGAAAGACCGUGGGCAUUCACACACCCCGUCGCUCGAGAUGCCACCUAUACCCGGACAGCAAAUGCAUCGUUUGGAUGAUCGGCGCCAGAACCCAAUGCAAGGUGGCUUCUCCUCACAGAUGAGUCAUGGCGAACAGCAACAGCAGAGACAUCAUAUGAUGCAGCAGCAGCUCUCACAUCAACAACAACAGCCGCAACAACAACAACGAUACCAGCAUUCUCAUUCUCAUUCGCACUCGUUCUCGCAUCCCUCCAACAAGGAGCAACAGCUGCAACAGCAACAGGAGCGGGAGAGGGAGCAACAGGCAUACUUUCAUGCACAGCAGCAACAGAAGCAGCAUCACCUUCAACAGCAACAGCGGGAGCAACAGCAGAAAGAGCACAUGCAAAUGCAACAGCAACGCUCCAUGGCACAAACCUCCGAACAGCAACAACAAUCGUCCGACAAGUCUGCAUCCCUAUCCGUCGAAAGGCCACCCUCAACACUCCCCACAGAACCCACCGAUCGCUCACCGGUUCAAAGCCCAACACCCCGGACAUCUUCUACUCCUACACCUACACCUACGCCUUCUAACAGUACGACGACGGUGGUAGGACCCGAGGAGACAAUGGGCCUUGCGCCUCCCACUUCGACAGAGAUGUGUGCACCUCGGUCGAGUGUAGGACCUAUAGAGCAUGAUGCCGUUGUGGCCAGCGCUGUUGCUGUGUUGUAA